AUGCAUCCUUCCAUUCUGGACGUGUAUGGUCACAUAAAUGCCAGCAGACCGCACUUGGACUAUUCUCGUCUGAUAGCAGCGAUGGCAUCCACUCAUGUGUCCGCGCCACCCCUCGCGCAGUUCAAGGUCGUCGAGUUUGCGGGGAUUGGUCCAGGGCCCAUGGUGGGCAUGAUUCUCGCCGACUUCGGUGCCAACGUCAUCCGCGUCGACCGACCCUCCCUCUCCACGCCUGAUGUCUUCAAUCGGGGAAAGCGAUGCAUCACGCUCAAUGCCAAGGUCCCAAGCGCCCGCGAUGUGCUGCGCAGGCUCAUUGAGCGCGCAGACAUCCUUAUUGAUCCGAGUCGUCCGGGAUUCAUGGAGAGCGUGGAUCUUGGACCUAACGUGUUCUUGGGCGAUCCAAUAACGGGCAAGGAAGGGAGGAACAGACGGUUGAUUUAUGCACGGUUAGCGGGGUUCUCUCGAACGGGCCCGCACAAAAAUAUGGCCGGUCAUGAUCUCAGUUAUCUUGCCUUGAGCGGUGUACUUUCACUUUUCCCUGGAGAAAAGAAACCAACGUUCCCGCUGAACAUCCUCGGGUCUUUCGCGGGGGGCAGCGUCGUCUGUGCUCUGGGUAUACUACUCGCUCUAGUCGAGCGCCAGCAGAGCGGCCUCGGGCAGGUCUCCGGCACACGGUACAUCUCGACGUUCCCGAUCCUACACAGCCUGUACCCGACGUCCGCGAGGGUCUUCACGGGCCCGCGCGGCACGAACAUGCUCGACGGCGGUGCGCCGUUCUAUGACACCUACACGUGCGCGGACGGGCUGUGGAUGUCCGUCGCGUGCGUCGAGCCGCACUUCUUCCGCGCGUUCCUCGAUUGCUUUUGUGCUGCACUCCCCGGGUUCACCCUCGAUGGGUGGCGCCCCACGUAUGAGACGCCCGAGGACCAUAGCUCGUGGCCACGUCUUAGGGAGUUUAUGGACCGGGGGUUCAAGAUGCACUCGAGAGACUACUGGACGCGAGUCUUCCACGGCACGGACGCAUGCGCCCUUCCUGUCCUGUCCGUGACAGAAGCAGCAGCGUCCGUCUCUGGCAGUACGUCAAGCUCCGCGGAGUCAAUGUCGCCUGUCCCCGCUCCCCAUCCAGAACUCGCUCGGACACCCUCGGUCCCUAUCAAUGGCAUCACGUCCGCAGACUCGUUCAACAUGCGCGGACAGCACACGGACGAGGUUCUGAGCGAACUGGGGUUGACCAAGGAAGAGAAGAUACAGCUAUUGCAUGAUGGAGCGUUAGGGAAACGGACUGCGAGGCUUUGA